AUGGAGGUAUGUCUGUCGUCUGCCACUCGCGACGCAGCCCACCCAGAGUCCCAGUUCGUUGUCCCGUUCAGUGGGGCAGCGGCGGAGACGGCGGAGAUGGCAGUACCACCAUUACCACCCCCACAUCAACCGCUGGCGGCUGCCUGUGGUGAUGCUUCCGAUCGGCCUGUCCAGCCAGUCCGGCCAGUCCGGCCAGGCCCAUCGCCAACACCUUCGUUCGCGUCGACGUCGAGGUCCUGCUCGCAAGACGAGGUCCUCCAGACUCCAGACCUGUACCCGUGCUCGAACCUACCUCUCGAGCACCCGCACGCACACCCGUACAGCCACGGCGCGCAUGGACUCGGGCUCGGACUGGGACCAGGGCGGCAAGGGCCGGUGCUGGGGCCAGCGCACCGCGAGCACGCCCAAGAACGAGACACGGCGCUCAUGCCACCACAGCGCACGUCCACCCCGCCAGUCCGUACCCUGUCAUCGCCUGUGGCGGCCUCCCCACUCGCUCAACAAGGCAGCUACCCCGACAGCCCCAGUACACCCAGCAGCCGCCAACGCUCCCCAACGGGCGACAACGACUAUGGCCUCGGGUUCGACUUUACGUUUCUCGCGCCGGCCGACCAGGCCGUGAUCAUGAUGGCGUGGACAGCACAGCAGCCCGGCGCUUUGGUCGCUAGUCACCGUGGUGGGAAGCGUUGA